AUGGAUCGCUUCGGACGAGAGGCAGUCAAGUCAGUAGCCGAUCCCAACAAAGAUGUUUUGUGGGUAAAAGACGACGAGGAAACCCGCGACCGCAAGAAUCCGCCUGGAGAAGUACACCGGUUGAACAGACUCGUUCUCUUCUGGGUGAUUUCGUCUUCGAAACACACGUUCUCCGCUGUCAGAUCCUGGAUCUUCGUCUCUGUACCCAAACUCGAUGGAUGGGCCCAAUGGCGGAAAGCCGACCAGCAGCACACAGAAUACCAACCCCAAAAUCUCCUUUACAACGAAAUGUCCACGUGGACCAGGCAAGGUCGAGAACCACAAUCACCUAAGCCCAACAAACAUUCCACAGAAGACUCGCUGAAGGGCACAACCAAUGGACUCGAAGUAUCGCGCUUGUUGAGGAGUUCGAAAACCUCUUUCAUCGCGAAGGACUUGACUAUCCCGUCGAAACCCAGUCGGACUGGAUACUCCAUCAUUCAGGAGGUCAAUUGA